UAUUAAAAUGGGUUCUUCUGUCUUUGGAUUACAAAACCUUUUCUCGCUUGCUUCUCGCGAGCGAUGUAUGGUAAAUUUGAAAAAGUUUCGUGUGCCAAUUUCAAAAACUGCAAAGAUACCUACGGCUACAGCUGCUGUUUUAGUGCCGAUGUGUCGUUUUAAAGAUGAUGCUGCUCUUCUAUAUACCGUAAGAUCUACGAAUUUGAGAGGUCAUAGUGGACAAAUAUCUUUUCCUGGAGGAAAGACCGACAAGGGUGAGACGCCUGUUGAAACUGCAUUGAGAGAAACUGAGGAAGAAAUAGGCAUUUCGUCAUCUAAGAUAGAUGUUUGGGGCCAUGGGCCUGCAUUCCCAGGGCGGGACAAUUUGAUAAUGGUAACUCCUGUAGUAGGUUGUAUUUCAAAUUUAAACCCUGAAGACCUUCUUAUAAACGAAAAGGAAGUAUCGGAGGUUUUUGCAGUACCAAUUCAUGUAUUGUGUGAUCCAAAGAAUCAAUAUUACACCCAGUUUAAAAAUGGUUAUAUCCUCCCUGUAUUUUUGGCUGAGAAUUAUAAAAUAUGGGGAAUAACAGCAUAUAUAACACAUGUCUUUCUGAGUUGCUUAUUAUCUAAAGAUGUGUAUAGAAAUGAAUGGAUGAAGAAGAAAAUUGUAAUAAGUGAAUCAUAAAUAUUAUAGAAAAUUAACUAGAAGAUUCUCACAUUAUGUGGGGCUUAUGUCAGUAUGUAUAUUCGAAAUUAAUUUUAUAAUAACUAUAUCUUUAUUUAAUAGCUGAUAUAUGUGAAGAAUAAAU